AUGAUAAAGAAGGGAAAGGCGAACCGAUAUACAGAAGUAUAUGCCUUAGGCCAACAUAUAUGUAUGUCCGCUCACAAAGCGAGAAGAGUAAUUGAUCAAAUACGUGGGCGAUCCUAUGAAGAAACACUUAUGAUACUAGAACUCAUGCCUUAUCGAGCAUGUUAUGCCAUUUUAAAAUUGGUUUAUUCUGCAGCAGCAAAUGCUACUCACAAUAAGGGUUUCAACAAAACAAGUUUAAUCAUUAGUAAAGCCGAAGUCAACGAGGGCACGACUGUGAAAAAAUUAAAGCCUCGAGCUCGAGGACGUAGUUAUCCAAUAAAAAGAUCCACUUGUCAUAUAACUAUUGUAUUGAAAGAUAUAUCUUUAGAUGAAGAGGAAGAAAUAGCUAAAACUAAAAGCUAUAAAUUAGAGCUGAGGAAUAUUUAA